GUUUCACCAUACUAAGAUGCAAACUAUCGUGCAUAUUCCCGUCAAGCCGGCGUGAAUCAGAUGAGAAAAACCUACAAGACAUAACACAUUAUCACUGUUUUGGAUGUGAACAUGGGUUCAAGCGUAGGAAUGAGGCAAUCCGGCACAUUCGUGCCACACAUAACCUUCAGCUACUGACACCACAACUACAGUUAUGGCGUCAACAAUUACAACAACAAAUGCAGGAAAAUUACCAACAACAUUACCAACAGCAACCACAACAACAACAACAACAACAACAACAACAACAACAACAACAACAACAACAACAACAACAACAACAACAACAACAACAACAACAACAACAACAGCAGCAACAACAGCAGCAGCAGCAGCAACAACAGCAACAGCAACAACCACCACAGCAGUUGCAGCAACAACCACAACAGCAACAACAACAACAGCAACAACCACUACCACAACAACAACAGCAACAACAACAACAACAACAACAACAACAACAACAACAACAACAACAACAACAGCAACAACAACAACAACAGCAACAACAACAACAGCAGCAACAGGAACAACAGCAGCAACAGCAACAAUUACAAGAACCAAGUCAUCAACUGCAUGCCACACAGCCUGGGGAACAAGAACAACAUGAACUAGUAGAACAACAGACACAGUUACAAGAACAACAACAGGAAACAAACUUUACCACUACAGUUCAGUCAUUCCAAGAGUUUAGAUACAG